UUAUAUAGCGCGGGGUGUGAGCGCACAGCUCAGUGCCACUGACGCGCUCUGCGCAACUCAAGUUGAAGACCACUUCAGAGGAAAAGCAAACCAAAAACAGCAUUUCGACAUCCUACGAUGAUCUGUUCAAACGCAUGAGCUCCAGCCCUCGCCCUCACAGACCCUCUUAGGCCGAGACAUUCGUAAAAAAAAAAGGGACACUUCUUUUCUUUUUGGCGCAGCGGAGACUCGGGGCGCAGCGCGCACGCACACACCAUGCACUGCCAAGCCGAGCUGAGGCUCUCCUCUCCCGGGCAGCUGAAGGCUGUCAGGCGACGCUACAAGACGUUCAUGAUCGACGAGAUUCUGUCCAGGGAGACGUGUGAUUAUUUUGAGAAACUGUCUCUCUACUCGGUGUGCCCUUCGCUGGUGGUUCGACCGAAGCCUCUCCACUCGUGUCCGGGCUCUUCAUCACUGCGUGCCUACCCACUCAUCUCAGUCAUCACACGGCAGCCGCCCAACAUGCCCCCCCACCUGCCGCGGCCGACUUCUCCGGGCGCAGUCCACUCGCACCUGCCUUUGAUUUCCCCGCAGCUUCCGCGGGGCUCCGAACCCUCACCCAGCCAGACGCCACACAGCAUCAGCAGCGAGUCGGAGACGGAGCGCGGCACGCCGCGCCUGAAAAAGCCCAGACGCAGCCGCACUAUUUUCACCGAGCUGCAGCUGAUGGGCCUGGAGAAGAAGUUCCAGAAGCAGAAGUACCUCUCCACACCUGACAGGUUAGACCUGGCCCAGUCCCUGGGGCUCACACAGCUUCAGGUGAAGACUUGGUACCAGAACAGGCGGAUGAAAUGGAAGAAAAUGGUGCUCAAAGGAGGUCACGAGGCCCCAACGAAGCCCAAGGGAAGACCCAAGAAGAACUCCAUUCCGACCACAGAGGAAAUUGAGGCUGAAGAGCGAAGAAUGAGAAUGGAAGAGGAGGAGCGAAUGAGAAGGGGGCGUGAGGAAGCAGCUCGGAGUGAAGGAGGGGAACAGUCUCUGCUGGAGCCUCAAGAUCUCAGUGCAGACAGUCACAGCCCGUUCAAAGCGAUGGACCCAAACCCUGAGCAGGAGCGGCCACUCCUAAUGACAGAGAGCCAUGCAGCCAGCUAAGCAGGAACAAACUAACCAAAGACUUAAGUUAACCUGAUAACUAAUAGUGCCUCAGGAUCAAUGUAAAAAGCCUGUUCGGCUUUUUCAGCCAUUUACUCAAAGAGCUGAUUAGCUUUUCGUCCAGACUUUACCAAGAGUAGCCUUGAAUUCUUUUGUAAUCUGGGAAAAAAGUAUCAUGCAAAGAGCUAAUCUUCCUACACUCUGAUUGCACUGCUACAUAAGACCUUUUGUCCAUAGUGUUGAAUCCAGUUAAGCCUUAAUCAGGAGACAGUAAAACAAAUCUUAUCGUUAUAUCCUUGUCCUCUUUAGCCGCCAGAGAUCAAGCGAGCCUCUGGGCUCCGAAAGCUGCCAAAUAUAAAGCACUGCCUUAUAGUCAGUGUACCUGUGUGUCCGUGUACUUUAAAAAUCAAUCCUGUGCCAAAAAAACAAACAAAAUCAACUGUAAAACAAAGUGGGUACGGUGCCUUGUUGGUGUCUGAGGAAAGCUUUCGAUGUGCUGGUAAAACAGCCUUCCAAUGCAGUAUAUUUUUUAUCGUCAAGUGCCAAAUUUCAAUGCAGAUUUGUACUGUUCAGGAUAAAAGGACCUGUCUUCACAUCGGAGCUGUUCUGUACAAUGCAAAGGAACAAAUGUGUUUAUUAGUUGGUUGAGAAAGGUUUGUGGUUUUUUUAAGCUGAAAAAUCAAUAUUUGUGACAAGAAAUACACUGUAUUAUAAUGUAGAAAUAUGUAAAAAGUACAAAACAUAAUAUUGUCUCUUAGAUAUAUAAAUAUAUAAAUGUAAAGCAGUAUUUUUCACUGUUACUUUGCAAUUGAUUUAACAAUCUCUGUUUUUUUCCUUUUUUUAAAUAAAAAUAUCAGAAUCAUUUUCAGCAUUGAGCAGAUUUAGACUGUUGAGCUGUUGUGAUUCACUACAGAAAUAAAUCACACCAUGUGCCAGAGAGACAAAAGCUGAACAUUGAAAGUAUCGAAGGCGUUUUUCAGCCUGCAGCCUUUGCAUGAGUACCCCUAUCGGUAUGUUAGACCUGUGUUAACAUAGCACUCUCUGUACCUCCCUGCCAUUUCACUCCACUCUGUACUUCAGAUUGGCCAUCCUUUAAAUACACAGAUUGCUGUCAAUUCUAAGGAAUUACCUGUUUUAAUUAUGCAAAUGUAUCUUUAUUAGCAACUGUUUCAUAUGAAAAGUGCAGUAUUUUUCUGAUGUAAAUUAUGCUCUUUUGGUAAGCUUGUUUGCUGUUGUUUUUAGGUUUGUAUAACAUUAUUUUUGCUAUACACAGGUUUGUGUUGAUGUAUUUAAAUAUACUUAAUAAAACAGCUAUUAUCCGAA